CAGGUGUCGUUCACUGCCUUCGCGACCACGGUCUGGUAGCAUUUGACGAGGAGAUGUGGCGAAUGGUGUUCAAGGGCGUCAUCAAGCCGCUGUUCGAGGACGUGCACCAACAGCUGAAGGAGGGGGACGCGACAUUAGAGAAGGUGCUGGCAGAGGUGGUCCUUCGCAACGUUAAGGAGCUGCCGCCGAAGCGUUUUGCGAGGUGCAUGCCCGAGAUAUUCCCGCUGCUUAGCAAGCUCGUCUCCGUGGGUUCCGCCGAGGUGCGGCAAGUGGUCCAGGACAUCCUGCUGGAGCAGGUGCAGCCGCUGCUGACGCAGGCGGCCCCCGUCACCGCCGAGGCGAACGGCAGGUGACACCAGCGGCGUCUCAUCCCCGGCCAGCGCCGAGGUCGUGCAGCUGCGAGCUUCAGAAGGGGAGCUCGCAGGAGACCCCGGCGGCGGCCAGCGGCGCGCUCGGCGCCGUCAUUCCCCCUCGCCUCCUGCCUCGUCCUCGUCCUCCUCCGCCUCUCGCCUCCUGCUCGUCUCCUCGCCACCCCCUCCCA